AGAAGUCCUGGAGGGGAUUUGGGAGCGAAGAAGAAGAAGAAGAAGCAGAAGAGAAAAAAGGAGAAACCAAAUUCUGGAGGCACCAAAUCAGACUCUGCAUCUGACUCCCAGGAGAUUAAAAUUCAACAGCCUUCAAAAAAUCCAGCCAUUCCAAUGCAGAAGCUUCAAGACAUCCAGAGAGCAAUGGAGCUGCUCUCUGCAUGCCAAGGCCCAGCAAAGAAUAUUGAUGAGGCUACCAAACGUAAAUACCAGUUUUGGGAUACGCAACCUGUACCUAAACUUAAUGAAGUUAUAACUUCACAUGGUGCAAUUGAACCAGAUAAGGACAAUGUCCGCCUAGAGCCAUAUUCUUUGCCACAAGGUUUUAUGUGGGACACGUUGGAUCUUAGCAAUGCUGAAGUUCUGAAGGAGUUAUACACACUGUUAAAUGAGAAUUAUGUAGAAGAUGAUGAUAAUAUGUUCAGGUUUGAUUAUUCACCUGAAUUUCUUCUGUGGGCGCUGCGUCCUCCGGGCUGGUUACUCCAAUGGCACUGUGGGGUUAGAGUGUCUUCAAACAAAAAACUGGUAGGAUUCAUAAGUGCCAUUCCUGCAGAUAUUCGUAUUUAUGACAGUGUGAAGAAAAUGGUAGAAAUCAAUUUUCUGUGUGUCCAUAAGAAAUUGAGAUCUAAACGGGUAGCACCUGUACUGAUUCGGGAAAUAACCAGAAGAGUAAACCUGGAAGGAAUAUUUCAGGCUGUUUACACUGCUGGAGUGGUACUCCCCAAACCUGUGGCUACUUGCAGGUAUUGGCAUCGAUCACUCAAUCCCAGAAAACUGGUGGAGGUGAAAUUUUCGCAUUUGAGUAGAAACAUGACUCUACAAAGAACAAUGAAGCUCUACAGACUUCCUGAUGCCACAAAGACUUCAGGUUUGAGACCAAUGGAACAAAAAGAUACUAAAGCAGUACAAGAAUUAAUCAACACAUACUUGAAACAGUUUAAUCUUGCUCCUGUGAUGGAUGAAGAAGAGGUAGCCCACUGGUUCCUGCCUCGGGAUCAUAUUAUUGACACUUACGUAGUAGAGGGCUCAAAUGGUGUAUUAACAGACUUCCUGAGUUUCUACACAUUACCUUCAACAGUGAUGCACCAUCCUGUUCAUAAAAGCCUCAAAGCUGCCUAUUCCUUUUACAAUAUUCAUACAGAGACCCCCCUCUUGGACUUAAUGAAUGAUGCACUCAUUAUAGCUAAAUUGAAAGGAUUUGAUGUGUUCAAUGCACUAGAUUUAAUGGAAAACAAAACAUUCCUGGAAAAACUCAAGUUUGGGAUUGGAGAUGGAAAUUUGCAGUAUUAUUUGUACAACUGGAGGUGUCCUGGCAUGGAAUCUGAAAAGGUCGGUCUUGUGUUACAAUGAGGACACUUACAUUUCUAGAACUCUGAGGUCAUCGUUUAAGUUAAUUUGAUCUCCAUAGCUCUUGCAACGGUAUUGUUCAAGAGGAGUAAAAGCACAACAUCAGUGAUACUGAAAUACUCCAUUAAACCUGAACAAAGAAGACAUCCAUAUGUGACCAAAUUUAUGCAUUUUCAGAUAGAUCAGAAGGUCCACGAAACUCUUUUAUUGUCCAUGAAAAGAAUAAAAGCACAUUCAUUUAAGUUUCAAAGCUUAGCUUGCACCUUGAUGAGAAGAAGGUAUUUUUUUUUCCACUCUGUAGAAAAGACUGUUUUGUACAAACUGAACUUCAGUGGUGGAUUAGGGUACAAAAAUAUUUGCUAUUAUGUGGAUGAACUGCUGCAUUUCUAUUUAUUAAGUGGUGGUGUAUGUUUGUCAGUGUAACAGAAUGAAGGAUACAAACUUGAGUAUCUUUGCUUAUUUACUUCACGUGGAUAUCAUCAUUUUGGGGGAAAAUCAUGAAGUACGAUACGUUUGUAGCUCUAUGAAAGUCCUGGAUGUUUUUGUAACUGGAGCAGUAUGACAAUGUACUGGUGUUUAACUAGUGCAUUUGUUUCUCCAUAAGCAACGCUGCCAAAUCAAUAAAAUUACAGAUUUGUACUUUGAUCUUCAAUAGAUCAGUGGAUUGAUUUAACAGUAUCGCACUGUUCAGUGCAAGUGUUAUAUCUAUGUUGCCGGAAUGAUAAUACAUUACUGUACUUAAUUUACAGUUGUGGCACAAAACCUUAGUUUUUCCUCAGUAGAAUACCAUCAGCCUGUGUGUAAAACUAAGAAUUUUAGUAGUGCUAUCAGGAUAUUUAUAGU